AUGUCUUCGGAAAACCCCACGUACGAUGCCACGGAGGAUCCAGUGGCGCCCUACAGGCUCAGCCUACUUUAUACACCAGAAGAUCCCUUGAACAAUUCCUUGCCCUCGUCCAUAUUUGCACCCGGCGAGCUUGGGGAUUUGAGAUUCCCAAAUUUUCUACCAAUGCAAGAUACCGCAGCUUGGGAAGUGGAACAGAUUGACUAUCCCUGGGAACAACGGCUUGUUGACAGGACUAGACUAGUGGAGAGUACUCAGCCGCUGGAGGAAUACACGAGGGAGGAAGGUCUUCAGGCUAUCGAGGAGUUCGACUGGUCGACGCCUGAAGAUGGAUUGGACCUCAUAGCAGCUAGUUCAGUGCCGCCCACUGAGGUCACUGCCACAGACGAAGGUGAAAAGCGUGUCGACAACCUUGAAAUUGCCGCUAUCGAUGGAGGAGAGAGCACCGAUGCGAUCAUUGAGCCUGAAGCGACUCACCGCGCCAUCGUUGGUCAGACGGAGAGUGAACCGACCAAAACCACAUCAUCCAUUGCCUCGCUGGAUCCGUUGGACCUGAGUGCAGUACGCGAAAAAGAUCAAGGAGUACACGGCUACCAGUCGUGGGAUUCGCAAUUACAAGAAGCGGCACAUGCAGGAGCCACCAACAGUACAUCUGAGAUACUACCUACAGGAUAUGGAGGAGCUGAAGUACUUGAGCAAGAGCCAUCACAAGCACCAUCACAAGCACGACCAGCGUCCACAGGUUCGGCACAUAGGGAUGUUUACGACACGAUAACAACGCCAUCAAACACUUCUGGCGAGCAACCUCCGCCUCUAGGUGGAAACCUAGAUGCUGGCACGACCAUAUUGGCCUCGGAUGAAACUGCCUCGAAGUCAUCGGCGACACCACCAACCGAGAGUGCGCUUGAGCAUGCUGAUGCCAGUGAUAUCCCUCUACUAAUCCCGAUGACUGAAGGUAUACUUAAACAAGAGACCACGCCGAAUCCCGAAGAACAAGCUCCACUCAGGGAGAAAAGCAAGACGAGCGGCACUUCCAAGUCGAAGGCCACGUCUCGCAACUCCCUGAAGAUUUCAUCAACCACCAGGCCCGCUGCACCGCUCAAGCGUCCUAAAGCGCUGAAGACCCCCCAGGAGGUCCCAAGAGAACGCUUUGGUGAGACAUCUGAUGGGAUCAUACAACAUGACACUAACAAAACAGCCUCAGCGGAGAUCUACUUCGAGGAAGACACACGACCUUUAAACAGCCCAAUCGACGCUCGCACCCGCCGUGAAGAAAUCCAAGCACCCCUCAACGAUGACGAAGAAGAUGUGCAAGAGCGCCUCACCGACACGUCCGAGACAAAGGCCUACCAACGCCCGCCCCGCAACCCCGUUUCGAACCGCGAACUCGCUGCCUUGGGCUCGACAUUCACGCCAGGCAUGCAUCUCGGCCUCCACCACGGGCAGUCGAAGCGUGCGCGCCAGUCCAUAUCAACGCGUGACAGUUCCAGCUCAUCCGACGUCGAGAUAACGAGUGUCAAGAAGAAGAAGCGCGACGCUCCAGCUCGCAGCAAGAAGCCGAAGCUCGAGCGCACGCAAGCCGAGAUCGAGCACAGCGAGGAGGAACACAGUGAUUUGUUCCCCGCGCCCAAAUACGCGGCGAAGGGCAGGAAACUCCCCGCGGACAAGCGCACUGAUACAAGGUUGCGCGCGUCCUCGCCGCACGCGUCGGACGUCGAAGAGAAGCCCAGAACCAAGCGCAAUAGCCUGCUCAAGAACACGCUCAUGCCCUCAGUCCCGGUGAAGAACAAGUUCGGCUUCUCGCCGCGCAAGCCGAGGACUAGUGGCAUGCCUGCCAGCGCGAAAGGCAAUGUGAGGAGUAAAGGCAAGGGCAAGAAGGCAGACAAUGCCGCGGAGGAGAGUACCAGAACGCCGCUGACGAGGCGCAAGUCGCAGCAGCUAGAGAAGGAGUCGCAGCGACAAGAAAAGGACGCGAAUAUUGGGAAGAGAUUGAGGAGCAAGGAUUAG